AUGUUGUGCGACACGAUUGAGCAGGGCAAAAUGAAGUGCGAACAGUAUUGGCCCAAUGAGCAAGACGAAAAGAUGGAAAUCGGAGACUUUGUUUUGACGACGGUAAAAGUGACCAGUAACGACGCCCACGUGGUAAGGUCAACCAUAGAAAUAGUGACUGCUGGAGGGGCAGCGGCACAAAGUGAAACACCAUCGAUGGAAAACGUG